AUGUCGAUCCACUUGGCAAAAAGCUUUCGUCUUCCUUCGGUGCAACACAUCUCCGUACAUUGCUGGAGCCCGGAUGGCUUGCUGCUGGCCCUUUCUCCAAACAGCAAUGAACUCAUGAUUUUCCAACAGCUGUCCUCUGGAUCGUGGAGCCUCCUCCAUUCGCUUGCUAUACAUACGCAGAAAAUCACCGGUUUAGAUUGGUCAUCGAUUGCUGCACCAAAUGGCGAUGUCAUCCAUCGGAUUGUCUCGUGCAGCGAAGAUAGAAAUGCGUACGUUUGGACCUUCCCAUCCUCAAACUUAAAUUCUAUCAAGUACGAAUUGGUGAUCUUGAAAAUCGAAGCAGGAGCAACCAUAGUCCGCUGGUCCCCUUCUGGAAUGAAGUUUGCCAUAGGAAGCGUGUCAUCAAAAACACCGCUUUCAAUAUGCCAUUAUGAUGCCGAUGCUCGCUGGUGGACGUCUCGCCCCAUUGCUACGGAGGAUGUCAAUGGCUUAGAUUCUGGGAUUUUGGCAUUGUGUUGGCAUCCUUCCAGUGUUUUGAUUUCUAUCGGCACGAUUAGCUCAGCAAUUUUUGUUCUCUCUGCCUUUGUAAAGGGAAUAGAUUCAAAGUUUAUAGCCUUUGAGGAUCAGCGAUUAGCGCCCUCCACUGGCGAAGCGAAAAAGAAGAGCUCAUCAUCCUUGGCUUUCAGUAAAUUCAAAUCGCUGGUGCUUACGGGCCAGAAAUUCAAAGAUGGUGACGAGGAAGAUGGCGUGGCACUUGAGGACUCCUCCGGUAAUUAUCCUAAAUCAACGAUCAGGUUUGUCAAUAGCAAUUUCCUCCCUUAUAGUGAGUUGCGAUCUACCGAUGUAGCAUCCAAGAUGCAAUUCUCCUCGUCUUCGUUUGACGGGAUUUUGUCUCUAUGGAAUAUACAGGAAUCGGCAAAUAUGACAGCAAAACAAAUAGCCGUGUCGAAGGAGGAUCUUUCCCAGCUGAAGCUUUAA